ACACAUUGCAAACAACUGCGUUGUAAACGCUUGUACACCUGUAGCGAUUCUGACCAAUCAAAUCGCCGAAUUCGUCUCUAUGGAAACCGCGGAACGCUCAAGCAGGAAAAGCAAGCAGCGCUACAGAAAUCCGAACACUUAAGAAUUUUACUCACCUUAAAUACCCGAGCUGUUAUCGACUUCCGGUCAGGUUAAGAUGGCAGGGACAGCAAGGCAUGAUCGAGAGAUGACAAUAAAUGCCAAAAAGCAGCUGGCCGGGUGUACAGACCCCAUUGAGCGUCUGAGGCUGCAAUGUUUGGCACGAGGCUCCGCGGGCAUCAAGGGACUGGGCAGGACUUUCCGAAUCAUGGAUGAUGACAAUAAUCGCACACUGGACUUGAAGGAAUUCCUGAAAGGAUUAAAUGACUACGGUGUGCUUAUUGAGAAAGAAGAGGCGCUAAAUCUUUUCCAGCAGUUUGACAGGGAUGGCAGUGGAUACAUUGAUUUUGAUGAGUUUCUGAUCACACUACGGCCACCCAUGUCUAAUGCCAGAAAGGAGGUGGUGUUACAAGCGUUUAAAAAAUUGGAUAAGACUGGAGAUGGCGUGAUUACAAUUGAGGAUCUGAGAGGAGUAUACAAUGUCAAAAAGCACCCUAAAUAUCUAAAUGGCGAAUGGACUGAGGAGCAAGUAUUCCGAAAAUUCCUCGACAGUUUUGAUUCCCCAGAUGACAAGGAUGGACAGGUCACAAAAGAGGAGUUUUUGAAUUACUACUCUGGUGUGAGUGCCUCCAUUGACACAGACGUCUACUUUAUAGUAAUGAUGAGAAACGCAUGGAAGCUUGACUAAACGUCUACAUCUAUUUUAGGGUGACAAAAGAUGAAUUUUGGAACUACUAUAGUGGAGUCAGCGCCUCUAUUGAUAAUGAUGCAUAUUUUAUUUUAAUGAUGAGGAAUGCAUGGAACCUAUAAGUGUUUGUGCUUGAUGCUUUAAAAACUACUAUAUUUCGGAUUCAUAAACUUAACUCCAAUGAAAUGCAAGGUUAUAGAGUUGUACAGUGAACCUAUAAAUUGAAUCACGUGGUGUACAAGGGAAAUACUGAAGAUUAAACACUACUUAGAAUUAUAUAUAAA